GUUGGGGCAGCAAAUCCUUUGGGAGACAAGAAGGCACCACACAUACUCCCUAAAAAUCAGAUAGGAGUGAGAGAACCUCAUCUCAAGCUAACACCUACAGGCUGAGGGGUAAGAAGGGCCAUGCAAGUGCUCAGCCCAGAGGCUCUAAAGAGAGAAAUUAUACAGGCUGGUGGAGAAGUGACACUAUGGGAUUUUGAAGGAUCAAUACUGGCUUGCUUGCAAAAUAUUUACUAUAUGAAAUUAUAAAAGCUAAGAGCAAAAAUGCCAUUUACAGAUCAGCCUGUCCAGGAAGUAAGACCGUGCACUCCUCUAGGCUGCUGGACAGCACCCUAAUUAUACCCACUUCUUUAGGGGGACAUGUGACAGCUAAGGCAAUUUCUUGCAAUAUACUGGACAAACCAUAUUGAAUUAAGUUUAUGCAUGGUUGUGGGCCAAGAAUUGUAUGUAAUUCCAUGGGGGAGGGAGAUCACAGCCCUUCAAAAACUAAGAAGAGUAAGGAUGGGUAGACAAAUUCAUUCAGGUUGUAACACCUCCAGAGAGGUACCACCACCUGGAGGGAGGCUUGCAUAUACUAACUCACACUGGAUUCUCCAGGAGCCAACAAAGAAAGGACCUUUGAGUAAAUUGUGUAGUUAAGACUGACUCAGGGCCUUCUUUCUGAUCCGGCAAAUGGACAAGACCUUUGGGCUAAGCGGGGGCCCCAAUCCUUCCUGAGAAGGGCUGGAAAGACUUGCCUGUUCUGUGUUCUUGUUCUGAGUAGGAGGGGUUAUGAACCUGUAAUCACAAGAAAACCCCUUGGUGUGGGUUGAAGGGCUGUUCACAUGCCAGAGUCCUUGGAGUCAGGGGGGAUCUCUGGUAAGCUGAGCAUGCAUGUAGGUUUUUUUUUAUUGUUUUUAAUAUGUUUUCUCUGUAAUGCUUUUUCCUUAGAGUCAAUAUGCUUGCGUAGGAAGAGCUGUCUGGUAACUUAACUGUGGCAAUUACACUGUUUACUGUCUCUGAGGAGAAAAGUAAAGCAGGCUUGCUUAGGCUGUCUGACUUCGCUGGGAAAUCCACAGUAUAGGCAGGGAACUGUACAGCCUGAAAAUACCUCAGUCAGGAGUGUGAGAGAUGCACGUCUCAGCCCAAGAGAGGCAACGGCUGGGAUCCACAAACCUAUGAGUGGAUGCCUUUGCUGGACCACAGAAGGGAAAUACAUGAGCCCUUGCCCUGAACUGUGACAUCCCUCAUCCCACCUCUAAUUAUGGUACUUCUUCCCCAUAAUAUCAGGGCAGCAAGGCUUCCACAAACACCAGCGUAGGCUGCUGUCCUACCUUUUGUGUUUUUCCUUGCUCCAGUUCCUAUCUGCACAGGGCCCUCACUGUGAUUAUAUCUGCAGGAGAUGGAAACAGAGGCAGAAGGAAGGGGCUCAAGCAGGCUGACAUUAUCUUAGAAAACUACAUUUGUGUUCUGAUCCACAAGGCAGGGCCAAUGGCACUUCUGUGUUUGGUUGAGCCACGUUUUAUAUUGGUGUGUGUGCUGCUUGCCUGUUGGAUUUCCUCAUUCAGCAGGAGGGAGGGAGACAGGAUGGGCUGGUGGGGAGUUAUUGCCACUCCCUGAAAGUAUAAUUGAAGAAGGUGCAGCUCACUGACUUCUCUGUGGGUUUUCUGUGUUGCCAGAGACCAGCUGUUUGUGAGCAGAACCUGUCUGGCAGGUCUGAUUUGGGUUGAGUAAUAGGGAGUGGCUCACCAAUACACAAAAACCAGGAAACUAGCUGUCAGUGGGCUUAGUUUUCAGACAGCCCUUGCCAUUUCUUCCCACAAGCUUCUUCCUCUCUCUCUCCCUUGAACAUGGAAUCUAGAUUUGGAGUUGUGCUGGUUUUGAUCUUGGCAGCUGCAUCAUCAUCUGCCCAGAAGAACUGUACCUGUGCGACCAACAGACGGGCUCUAUGCACUGAAGACACACUUGGGAACUGCCUCUGCACGUUGGUGGGUUCAAAUCAAAGAGUAGAUUGUUCAGUGUUGACUUCAAAAUGCCUACUGAUGAAGGCAGAAAUGAGCUCCCCAAAGGGCAGGCGUAUCUCCAAACCUGAGCAUGGCUUUUUAGACAAUGAUGGAGUUUACAAUCCAGACUGUGAGGAUAGUGGUAUCUUCAAAGCCAGGCAGUGCAAUCAGACCAAUACCUGCUGGUGUGUGAACUCUGCUGGGGUGAGAAGAACUGAUAAAGGUGACACAACCCUAAGAUGCAAUGAACUAGUCAGAACUAACUGGAUCUUCAUCGAACUGAAACACAAGGAGAGGUCUAAAGCCUUCCAUGCUUCUGAAGUGGCAGAUGGUCUGAAACAGAUCAUUCAGAACAGAUACAAGCUGCAUCCAAAGUACAUUACUGCCAUUGAGUAUGAAUACCCAUUCAUCCAUAUUGACCUGAAACAAAAUGCUUCCCAGAAAUCCAAAGAAGAUGUCGAUAUAGCUGAUGUGGCUUAUUACUUUGAAAAAGAUGUUAAACUUGACUCCAUAUUUCAUCGUAGUAAUGCAUUCAACCUCUCCAUUAACGGAGACCCUCUGGAUGUGGAAGGAAUUUUAAUUUACUAUGUGGAUGAAAAGCCACCAGAGUUUUCUAUGAAACGUCUGACUGCUGGCGUUAUUGCUGUGUUGGCAGUGGUGAUAUUGACUAUUAUUACUGGGAUUACUGUACUGGUUAUUUCCAGAAGGAGGACCGGGAAGUAUGAGAAGGUCGAGAUCAAGGAGAUGGGUGAAAUGAGACGAGGACAGAACUCAUAGCUGCCUUAAUCUGAAGACAGAAAUUAAGACUUUGAUAAGAAGGAAGCAGAAAUGGGAAGAUUAUUCAAUGUUUGUGUGGGGAGACUGGGGUAUUUUUUAUUUCUAGUUUUAAAACAAUGUUUUUCUAAAAUCCUAAAUGAGCUUCGAUGAGUAAAGUGGUAUUAACUAGUAUAAAUUAAUUUGAGAGUUGAGUAUCAAAAUCACCUUAGCCCAAAAUUUUCCGAUUGUAUAGUUGUAUUUUUAAGGGGACAAGAAAGUUAUUUGUACUUCCUAACAUAGCUAUUUAGCAUAAUUUAUAAUACCUACAUUUGUAUUACUAAACAGCCUGUUAAAGUUGUUUAAAAAUUUUAUGAGGAUUUUUUUUUUGCACAACCAGGUGCUGAAGCUUGAAUAUGCACUGUCUGACUCACUUGUAUAACUAGGUUUCUGUUUUCAAUGAUAUUUUUAAAGAUACUAUCUUUGAUGAAGUUGCUGGAACUUUUUUU